AUGUACGGUGCCGCGAGCGCGCACGCGGCGGCCAUGGAACGCCGCCGCGCGGCGACGGCGGCGUCCGCGUCCUCGUCCAGCGCCGGCGGCGGCCUCGCGGGAGGAGGAGGAGGAGGCCCACCGCGAAGCAUCGCGAGCGCGCUUCCGCACGGCGCCGCGCCGCGGCUGCCGUCGUUCAGGCACGCGGACCGCCCGCGCCUGCGCGCGCUGCACACGACGUGCGCGGUGCUUCUGGACAUGCUCGGCGACGACAAAGGGUUGGGCGUCGGCGACGCGCUGUUCCUCCCCGGCGAGGCGUGGAGGGACGCCGACCGCGGCGCGGACGCGGUGGCGGACGCGAGAGAGUACGCGCGCGAGGAGAUCUUGGACGCGUGCGCGAAGGACGCGCGCGCGAGAGGCAUCGCGCCGGGCGUCCUCUCCACGCUGAUCCUCGAGCUCCUGCGCGAGCUCGACGACAGCCUCCUGACCGGCAAGCUCCACGAGGCGUUCGCAGCCGCGGUGAAGAUCAAGGACUAUCGCAGCCGGCUGUACGUCACGCGGCUGCUCCUCGACCGCCUCCCCGCGGAUCGACGCGCCGCGUUGGACGCGCUCGUGCGCGUGCUCGCGCGCGUCGCGCCGCGGCUGGACGCGCCAAGAUCUCCGUCAUCCUCUCGCGCGACGUCCUCCUCGCGCGACGUCGCGAUGGACGCCAAGGACUACGACGCGCUCGUGAAGACGAUGGCCCCGGGCGUGCUGCGGAGGAAAGGCGGCGGCGGCGGCAGCCCGCCGAAGGCGCAGGGCGGCGCGCCGGGCCCGAGACGCGGCCUCGCCGCGGACAUCCUCUUCGACGGCAUCGAGGACGGGAAGCGCGCGGCGAAGCUUCUCAAGGAUAUCGUGCGCGAGCGCCUUUACUUGUUGGAUAAAGCCGCGGUGGUCGUCGGCGAGGACGACGACGGAUACGCCGCGGGUUCCGCCGCUUCCGCCGCGAGGAAAGGAGGCAAAGAGAGAGGCGACGACGACGACGCGUGGUUCGGAUACGCGUCCGCGACGAAAGCGGCGAGGCCACCCCAAGCAGGGGGCAGCGCGUCGUCGUCGUCCUCGCCCGGCGACCGCGAGAACGUGGAGCCGAACCCGGUGUUGCGGGUCAAGACGAAACUUAGGUGCGUUCUAUACACUGGUCCCCAUACGACUGCGUUGGCGUGGUGA